AUGGUGACCAACCGCCGCCGCUCAGCCCCGCCCCCUCGACGUCUCGCGAGAGCUGGAGCCCCGCCCCGGGACGCGCCCUGCUUCCGCCACGUCACGCCCGCGCCGCCCGACUUCCGGCUCCCCCGGCGCAGCCGCCCGGACGAGGCCCCGGCCGAGUGGGCGCUGCUGCACGUGGUGCAGGGCCGCGUGGGCGCGGGCAACUACAGCUACCUGCGCCUGAGCCACGAGGGCCGCGUGGUGCUGCGCAUGCGCAGCCUGCGCGGCGACGCCGACCUGUACGUGUCCGACAGCACGCUGCACCCCAGCUUCGACGACUACGCGCUGCAGUCGGCCACCUGCGGCCCCGACGCCGUGGCCAUCCCCGGCCACUUCCGCCGGCCCGUGGGCAUCGGCGUCUACGGGCACCCGUCGCACCAGGAGAGCGAGUUCGAGAUGCGCGUCUACCACGACCGCAGCCCCGAGCCGCACGCGCCCGCCGCGCCCGCGCCGCCCGCCGGCGCCCCCGGCCCGCCCGCCCGCGCGCCCGAGGAGGCGGCGCCCGAGGAGGAGUCGGUGCUCUGGGCCGUGCUCAUCGGCCUGCUGAAGCUGGUGCUGGAGAUCCUCUUCUGAGGCGGCCCCGGGGCCUCCG